ACAGCCGAGCAGCACACGCUCGACAAGGGAGCACACGCACACACACACGCGCGGUGACAAUGAUACGCAUGGGACGGAAAGUCUCUUUGGAAACUUUACAGCGAGCACCAGAGACGCAGACACAUUCGUGGACUUGUAUCAUUAGGAGAUUCAACAUGGCCGCCGCUGUCACCUUACAUGUUCGUUGCAUCUGGGCUUGAACGCAUCUGCGAAUACUUCUCGGGUGCAUGAUGUAAAUGCAUUUCUGACGCCUUUCCAAGAUGAACGACUGAAAUAUGAAACUCAUUCAAGCAUUCUGGACCUCCGGGGCGACGUCUGAUUAAAUCAAGCCCUUCAGACGCGCAUCCGAGGAGGGGAAGAAGGAGUAGAGGUGGCUGCUGGUUGGUGGUGGUGGAGGAGGUGGAGACGAAAGAGGAUUUGGGAAGCAUCUACAUCCAUUGGAAUAUACCAUUUGUGGAAUACCACUGUCUGUUUGGAAUAUUGCUGAACUUUGGGAGUUUCACCAUAGUUUUUGGGAGUCCUUGCGGAAUAUUGGGAAUUUGUGUCCGGUUUGCAGUCAUGAAGGUGAACCCGAGCUCUUGUUUGUGUCCUGUACUUCUGUGUCUGUGUUUUCUGGAGAGGGGUUACGAGGCCAGAAAUUACAGCCAGGCCAAAGUUAUUUCCAGGAGCCACAAUGCAACUCGUCACAACCAGACUAAGGAUGGGGAAACCGAGGUUCACCAUCGGCCCAAACGCGGAUGGAUAUGGAACCAGUUCUUUGUCUUAGAGGAACACAUUGGGACAGAUGCACAAUAUGUAGGAAAGCUGCAUUCUAAUUCAGACAAAGGCGACGGUUCGGUCAGGUACAUCCUCAGCGGUGAAGGAGCAGGGAGUAUAUUUAUCAUCAACGAGGUAACGGGAGACAUCCACGCCACCAAAAGUCUGGACCGUGAAAAGAAAUCACAUUAUGUUCUUCACGCGCAGGCCAUCGACAUCAACACCAACAAACCUCUGGAGCCUGAGUCAGAGUUCAUUAUAAAAGUUCAGGAUAUUAAUGACAAUGCACCCAAAUUUCCCGACGGACCCUUCGUCACGUCUGUGCCUGAGAUGUCAGAACUUGGUACAUCAGUUUUUCAAGUGACGGCGACGGACGCCGAUGACCCUACAUAUGGAAACAGUGCACGGGUGGUCUACAGCGUUCUACAUGGACAACCGUACUUCUCCGUUGACCCCAAAACUGGUAUCAUCAGAACAGCUCUGGCAGACAUGGAUCGAGAGGCGAGAGAACAUUACUCAGUGGUGAUUCAAGCCAAAGACAUGGCAGGACAGGUGGGAGGACUGUCGGGCUCAACCACGGUCAACAUCACGCUAACUGACAUCAACGACAACCCACCCAAGUUUCCUCAGAAGAAUUACCAGGUGUUUGUCCCAGAGUCGGCGCAGGUGGGGAAACCAGUGGGGAAGAUCAAAGCCAACGACGAGGACAUCGGAAUCAAUGCAGAGAUCAAAUACAGCAUCCUGAACCCCGAGGGGGCUGCCGUUUUCUCCAUGUCCACAGACAAAGACACCAGAGAGGGAGUAAUCACACUCAGAAAGCCAUUGAAUUAUGAGAAGAAGAAGCAGUACAGUCUCCACAUCUCAGCAGAAAACACACACGUGGACCAGCGUUAUUCUUAUCUGGGCUCCUUCAAAGAUGACGCCACACUCAAGAUCACAGUGGGAGACGUGGACGAACCGCCGCUUUUCUCCAUGGAUUAUUACAUUAUGGAGGUGUAUGAAAAUGCCAGAGUGGGCACUGAAGUGGGAGCCGUUACAGCCAGAGACCCCGACAGUAAAAAUAGCCCCGUCAGCACUGCCAGCAUCACGGCCCGCCGCCGCUUCCACAGACUGACCCAGGAGCUGUACGAGCUGCCGGUGGUCGUGUGGGACGACGGAGAACCUGUCUUGAGCAGCACCGGGACCCUCACGCUCCGGGUUUGUUCCUGUCAAAGGGGCACCAGGCUGAAGAUCUGCCAGAGCGAAGCGUUUCUGUCCUCCGCAGGACUCAGCACUGGAGCUCUCAUCGCCAUACUGCUCUGCAUCCUCAUUCUGCUGGCCAUCGUGAUUCUCUUCAUCACAUUACGGAGAAGCAAAAAAGAGCCGCUGAUCAUCUCAGAGGAGGACAUCCGGGAGAACGUGGUGACUUAUGAUGAUGAAGGAGGAGGUGAAGAGGACACCGAAGCUUUUGACAUCAUCGCUCUACGAAACCCUGCUGCUGCCGAGGAGCUCAAGUUUCGCCGGGAUGUCCAACCUGAGUGCAUCCGGCCAUGGUCAUCCCGGAGGCCAAUCCGGAGCCGCCUCAGCCCCUCGUCCCUGGACAUAGACGAGGAGACGGAUGUGGGUGAGUUUAUCAAACAGAGGGUGUCCGAGGCGGACCAGGACACUAGUGUACCACCCUACGAUUCCUUACAAACCUAUGCUUAUGAGGGUCAAGGUUCUCCAGUCGGCUCCAUCAGCUCGCUCGGGUCGCCUGGAGCUCAUUCUGAACUGGACUACAAAUCUCUCGAUGACUGGGGUCCAAAGUUUGAGAAAAUUGCAGAACUCUAUGGAGAGGAUAUUGAGACGGCGUCUGAAUCCACUGAAAAAGCAGAGUCAGAGAAGCAGACAUAAGUGUUUCUGAGAAAACUGCACUAACCAAUGCUAAAAACUCAACCUUUCAGCUCUUUUUAGACAUCCGUGUCAUGGUUUCAUCGAUACACUGAGAUGUUUGUAACUCUACAGCUGUAACGACUGACUGACUGCCUUUUUCUCUCGUUUUCUUUUGGAUGUUCGGAGCUCUGAAUCCCAACAAGACAAUGAUUUUGAGAAGAAAAUGAAACAAAACAAAUGGGAAAAAAACGAAUGAAAAUAAGGAAACUAUUUUAACUGGUGUAUAUUUUUUAUUGCUCAAUAAAGUCCUG